AUGGAUCCCAAUCCAGUCAUCCUGAAGUCAGACAAGGAAUGGAUUAAUAUAUUUGUUGGUGGAGAGAUUUAUCCCAUUCAACUACGAACUCUUCUGACGUUUGAGAAUAACGGCCUCUAUUUUCGUGAACGAGUCGUAAAGGCCUCCGAAUUCAUGAUAAAGGUUUCGUGUGUUCAUUGGGAUUCCUCUCCUAAUCAUAUAAAGUAUCGAAUGGAUAUUGACCGAGAUGGUCAGCUAUUUCGUCACAUCUUACAAUACUUAAGAAAUGGAAGAAAGACAAGUCUGCCUGAUAAUCAGCCAUUCCUAUUGGAUCUCAUGCGUGAAGCAGACUUCUUCGGAAUGGAUGGUUUGAAAUAUGUGAUCAAGAAGAAACUUUGGAAACUUACAGGAAAAGCUAAUUAUUUUGCUUGUUAUUCUGACUCUGAGUAA